GGGGCGUUGCAUAUGGCGCCAUCAAAUCUUAUCAUCUAAUUUCAUCAUAUCAUCGAUCCAUACAUAGGUCCAAGGCAAGUGCAUCUAUCUCCAUGGAGUCUCUUUCCAUAUGCCUCGCAGCUGCACCACCAUCAUUAAACCCUUGUAAAAAUCCCAGAAAAACAACUCCAAGAACACACUCAAAUUGCAUCCGCAUUUGCAAACUACCCCAACUCUCCAAUCACCAAUCAAUCAACACUUCAACAACCACAAUUUCCCCCCAUAAUUUGUCCCAAAACCUCUCUUUUCUCAAUUCCCACAAACUAAUCCUCAAACCCCAAUUCGCAUUCCCAUUUCUCGGAUUCACCUUCCCAAUUUCGUGUUUCGCCUCUGAAACCGCCACCACGACUAUCUCGGCUGAAGAAGUUCCCGGCAGAAUCAGCUUGGAGUCCAUUUUGGUCUCGAUCGACAACUUCUUCACCCGCUACCCUUUCUUUGUUGCCACAGUAAUCUUCAUUUGGCUUGUUGCGAUCCCUUUAGUUGAGGAGUAUUCGCAGAAGUAUAAGUUCAUCUCCGCCAUUAAUGCAUUCAAGAAGCUGCAGGAUGACCCCACUGCCCAGUUGUUAGAUAUAAGGGACGAUAAGAGCGUAGCUUCUCUGGGCUCUCCCAAUUUGAAAAUAUUGAGCAAGAAUGCAGUGCAGGUCAGUUUCCGAGAAGGGGAUGAACAAGGUUUUGUGAAGAGGGUUCUCGAGAAAUUUGGGGAGCCAAAUAACACUACCCUUUGUAUCUUGGACAAUUUUGAUGGCAACUCUAUCAAAGUGGCCGAGCUAUUGGUGAAAACCGGUGGUUUUAAAGAGGCUUAUGCUAUUCGGGGAGGGACCAUGGGCAAGCUAGGAUGGCAGGAGAUACAAGAGACCCUCCUACCUCCUUCAGUACAUAUUAUUCCAAAGAAAAGGUCCAAAGUGCCAAAAAAACAGGAUACAAAUGGAGAUAUACCUCAAGUCAAGGAAAAUACAGAUUCUCCAGCCAGUAAAGAGAUCAAGAAUGAGGAUGUUAGUUCCGUUAGUCCGAGUGUCAGAUCUGAAGGGAGUCCGUCAAGGCCACUGUCUCCAUACCCAAAUUAUCCAGAUUUGAAACCUCCUUCUUCCCCAACUUCAUCAAAGCCAAACUGAGGCUCUACGGCUCUGCAGCUUGUUAUUAUGAAGGGGGGCAAAACUUCAAUUGUCAACAAUAGUCCCAAAACUAGAAUUGGAACUUAUUGUGCUCUCAAAAAACAUUAUAAUUAGAUGUAGAGUUUGGCCGAUUCCCAAACAGUUUUGUAACUACAAUUUUCGUUGUAGAGAAAUUAUAAAUGUCAUCAUAAUUCAUGGAUUUUUGCAUUUUA